AUGACCACCAAAUCCCUUUACAAGCGGUCUCCCACGACUCCCUCGACUCCAAGCGUCCGAAACGGUGCAGAACCCAAGAAAUUGAGGCGAGAUGAGAGCUCAUCGCCGACGCGAAGCAAAAGACGGUCAGAUCUAUCGAUGGAGGAUCUAACACGCCAGAACAUAAUCAAUUCGCGGGAAGUAGGGCGUAUGCAGGAUCUGGUGAAAUUUCUGGAGCUUGAACGCAAGUUUAAGGCGUAG